UAAGUUCAAUGACUUUAAAUAAAAAAGAACACGCUGGAUCUGGGUGCAUGCAAUAGUGUGUUUUUUAAAGUCAAGCAGCUUGAUAUCAAUGCAUGCGUUGGCGGUGAUGACUGACCGUGACAAUUGCCCAUUACUAGUUUUCACAGGUAUAAAAUCAAUGAUCUGAAUUGAUAUCAAUUUUGAAAAGUAAAUUUGAUUGUCGAAAUGAACUGCUUAUGUGAAUAAAUUACAAAGUUGCAUUGAUUAGCUGUGAAGAAGAUGAACAUUGAGGGGGAUGGUCAUUGACUUUCUCUCUCUCCUGUUACUCUGUCGGUCAGGGCCCCCCUUUUCUCUCUCUCUCUCUCUCUCUCUCUCUCUCUCUGUAUUUAUAAAUGAGCAUGCUCUAGGCACUGUCUGAAGUUCUGAACCUACCUCUUACGAAUCCUUGUUUAAUUUCAUCUUCUGCGAAACAAUCCCACCCCCUUUAUUUCGUCUCUUCUUCUCGGCAUUACAGAAUCGUUCCAGCUCUUUUCCUCCGAUCGACUUAGGCUACCGGGUAUUUCUUUUUUGUGCUCAUUGUUUUCCUUUUUUGCAUUUGUACUUCUGUUUUCCCUUGAUGGAAUCUUAUUAAUAUAUAGCACCUUUGAUCAGUAUUCUCUAACUGGAUCCAUCAAUCAUCUCUGUUCCUUGAACAUACAUUUAUAAAAACACUUUUGAACAUGUAAAUUUGCCUGUCCCCUGAUUCUUUAUCCCACCCCUAAAAAAAAAAAAAAAAAAAGGGUAAUCUUCAAACAGUAAGUUCUAUGAAAAGAACCAGGACUAUCUUUCUCUCAUUGUAGCUGGCUAUCUUCAUUUUUCUUGCUCCUUAGCCCUACAUUCAUAAAAACCCUGAUAAACAUGUAAUCUUGGUCCACUUCUUUUCUCCUAUAACCAAAACAAAAAAAAACAAAAAAAGGGAGAUAAUAUCAAAUUUUCUAUAUGCCAUCAUAAAUAUUCAUCUUUUUAUUCUUAGCAUUUUCAUUCUGGAAAAGAUUGAAACGUAGCGAGAACCUUUAUAAAAAAACUGCCAAAUUAUGUAAAAUCCGUCGCGUAGUUUGCAUCCAAUCUCCCCCUAACUCCCAAAAAACACAAAAAAACAAAAAAAAAACAAGAAACAAAAAAGAAGAAGGUAGGUAGCCCUCAAAGCCAAGCCUAGAAGAUAUGCCGGAAUCAGAAGUUGGAACACCAACGGUGUCGGCGCCGGCAACACCGGGGACGCCAGGUGCGCCGUUAUUUACGUCACUCCGAGUCGACUCAAUGUCCUACGAUAGAAAGUCAAUGCCCCGAUGCAAGUGCUUGCCCGUUGACGCUGCAACGUGGGGUGCACCUCACACGUGCCUGGCAGGUCUUCCUUCACCAGACGUUUCCCUCACCCGCAAGCUGGGAGCUGAGUUCGUGGGGACCUUCAUACUGAUAUUUGCAGCGACAGCCGGCCCAAUCGUGAACCAGAAAUAUAAUGGAGUGGAGUCGUUGAUAGGGAACGCAUUAUGUGCUGGGCUGGCAGUGAUGAUCGUGAUUCUGUCUACGGGUCACAUUUCUGGCGCUCACUUGAACCCCUCACUCACCAUUGCGUUUGCAGCGCUCCGUCACUUCCCAUGGGUCCAAGUGCCAGCCUACAUAGCAGCGCAGGUUUCGGCAUCUAUAUGUGCUUCUUUUGCUCUAAAAGGUGCUUUCCACCCUUUCAUGUCUGGUGGUGUCACUGUUCCUCAUGUAAGCAAUGGCCAGGCUUUCGUGCUUGAAUUCCUCAUAACCUUCAAUCUUCUGUUUGUUGUUACUGCUGUUGCCACCGACACCCGUGCGGUUGGCGAGUUAGCAGGAAUAGCAGUCGGAGCUACAGUGAUGCUUAACAUUCUAGUAGCCGGGCCUUCCAGUGGUGGUUCAAUGAAUCCGGUGAGGACAUUGGGGCCAGCAAUUGCAGCAGGGAAUUACAAAUCAAUAUGGAUAUACAUGGUGGCACCCACACUCGGGGCCCUUGGAGGCGCAGGUGUCUACACACUAGUGAAGUUGGGAGCGGUCGAGGGUGAAACCCCACGCCCAGUCAGGAGCUUCCGCCGCUAAGGACGCAACACGACUUCUCUUCCUCUCUCUCUCCGCGUGUGUUUGUGUGCAACAAGGGCCUUGCUCUACCCUUACUAUCACUAUUACUAUCAUGCUGGAACUUUAUUAUCAGUAAGUAUUUGCCAUCGAGACUUUUCUUCCAUAAUAAUGGCGCGUGUGAUUGUAAGCUUAUAAUUAUACUUGGAAAAUAAAUGCGGAGGACUAUUUGUAUGAUGUGAACGAAAGUCCACGCCGUGUGUUAGGUAUAAACAAUUUGUUCUACCGCUACUCUGGAAACGGACGAUUUUGUGACGUCAUAUGAACGUUUGUGUUGAUCA